GAGCUGCGGUGCCGAGCGGGGCGGGAGGCGUAGUCGGAGCAUGGCGGGUGGCUCCGCGCGGGCGGCACCGCGGCUUCUCAGCCCGCUCUUCGCGCUGCGUGCCCGGCGGCCCUGCAGCUCACAUAGGGAACACCAAGCUCCAUUGGUCUGUAGGUGACUGAAUAACGGCUAAUGGGUAGCUCACGAUGGAUGAUCAGGCCACUGUGAAACCAGCCCCUACGUGCAAAUACUUGGCUGUCCAACUACUGCAGGCUGUAUCGUGCCAAUAAUGAUGACUGAUGGAGGUUCCCUGUGUGCCUUCAGCACUGCAGCCCAGCAGAGGAGCACUGGAGAUGAGUGUGGCCCAGAAGAUCCCUGUGAUGAGCCAAGGCAUCCUCUUUCAGAGUGCACCCUAGAGCACAAAGCCAUCAAACUAGAAGAACAAGUCCGUGACCUAACGGAACGAUACCGAAAAGCCUUGGCGGAUUCUGAAAAUGUCCGGAGGAGGACCCAGAAAUUUGUGGAAGAUGCCAAACUGUUUGGGAUCCAGAGUUUCUGCAGGGACCUCGUUGAGAUAGCAGAUAUCUUGGAGAAGACAACAGAGAGUGCUACAGAGCCCAGCGAUCCCAACCCAACCCUCCAGAAGAUCUGCGAAGGCCUGUCUCUCAUUGAGGCCAAAUUGCAAAGUGUGUUUGCCAAACAUGGCCUUCAGAAGAUGAACCCUGUUGGUGACAAAUAUGAUCCGUAUGACCAUGAAAUAGUUUGCCACGUACCGGCAGAGGGAAUGCAGCCAGGCAUGGUGGCACUAGUGACUCAGGAUGGCUAUAAGCUCCAUGGCCGCACCAUCAGACAUGCACUAGUUGGUGUGGCAGUCGAGUCACAGGCGUGAUAUGGGUGUGUUCUUUGUGGUCUGGGACCUUUUUGAGCUGAGGACUCUUCUUUGCUCCGUGGCAAUUGUGGCUGCAUGUCUAUGCUUAUUUAUUAAGUUAGGUUUCUAUUGUAUAUUGGCUCCUUAACAAUGUGUGCCAUCAUCCUAGCUUUAAUUCCAAGGUACUCAGUUAUCCAGUGUACUUUUCUGAGCAUGUGAAAUAAUAUUGGGAGUCCUCUUUGUCAAAAGUAUGUGGCACCAUAGCUCCUUCUCUUGUUGGUCUAAGUCUAUUAAAAAUUGAAUGAGGAAGGGAGUGUUGAGGGGGGAGAGAGAGGGAGAAAGGAUCCAAGAGGCAGGAACCUCCUGCCUUCUAAUCUCAGCUCUGACACAGACUCCUUUUGUGGCCUUAGGUGAAUCAUUUAACCUCUGUGCAUCAUUUACCCUGUCUGUUGAAUAUACUAACCUAUUUCACAGAGUAUUGUGAGGCUGUCUGCUUGGAAAGCACUGAGGAGAUAACCAGCUCCAAAUGCUAACAAGUAUCAGAUCUUUUUUGUUGCAUCUCAUGCCCUUCCCAGAGGCAGGGGGAUCUGAGAGGCUGUAUGCUUGAAAUACCGGUUUCAGCCAGAUUUCUCUCUCUGUCUCUGAAGAUAAUUUUAAACUCAUGGGCUGCAUCCAGACGAGCACAGGCACUUGUUUUGCUGGGGACAAGUAGCAGUGACACACAGCAGGUAACCCAAGGUAGGAUAGGGGAGACUGGAGCCAGCAACUGUGCUGGCCCCAGCAGCCUUACCUGGGAUCCUGGUGGCCUUCUGGAGCUGCAGCCACCCUGGCAGCUAGAGUGUGGCUCCGGUUGGCCAGGCUCCGGUUUUGGGUGGCGUGCACGCUGCCACCAUAUGCUAUGCCUCUCCUUUUUUCAGCAUGGUUUUUUUUUACCCCAGGAAAUCUCGGGGUCAACACCUCUCCCCUUCCCCACCAGCUACAAGGUUGCAGCACAGGGAACACCUGCAUGUGUGGUGUGUGGUGCCGAAGAUGGGUCUGUGGCAACACAUACCACACAUCCACACUCGUCUGGACACAGCCAUGAAGACUCAGUCUCUUGGGCAACAUGGGCAGCUGUAUUUGAAUAGGAAUUAGGUUUAAAAAAAUCUGCUACCAGUUAAGACAUAUAAAAAAACUAGAACUCUUGAUUCCAAAAUGAUACCUUUUAUUAGACCAACUGGAAAAUG